AUGCCCCUCACGAUCCUCAGCGACGACAAUGUCAAGGAGAUCCUACACAACCUGACCAGAGAUGAUGUCGCAGCUUUGCAGAUCGCCAUGAGAAACGCCAUGCACGAGUAUGCGACUGGUGCUACGAAUUCUGGAGCCUGUGCAGACAAUCAGCCCAAACGAACGGUCAUAGGAUCCGCGGGGAACUCGACGACUACCUUGUUUAUGCCGUCGAUCAGCUCCUCCUCUAUUGCAAUCAAAGUUGUCACCCUCGCCUGUCCCCCCUCAAAUCCAGAUGAAGCUCCUUCGGCAUCAGCCAAUGAAGAUGCCACCCCUUACGGCUCUCUCACACUUAUGGGCGCGGAAGGCAAGCCCUUCGGCUUCCUGAACGCCGAAGAAAUCACUGCUUUCCGAACUGCACUCGCAUCCUCUCUCCUCAUGCUCCGCCGGACAAAAGUAAAGACCAUCACAGUAUUCGGAACCGGAAAGCAAGCAUACUGGCACAUCCGUCUAGCCCUCCUUCUGCGCGGAAACACAAUCAAGAACGUGCACUUCAUCAACCGCGAGUUCAACGAGCGAGCAGCAAAAAUCAUGAAAGCGUUCGUUACAUACGAUAUUGCAGCCAAGCGGAGUGAGGGGUGGGUGGAUACCCAAUUCGACUUGGCGUCUUUGAAGUACACCGAGAUUGACCGGAUUCUGAAGCAGAGGCUAAGAGCGUCGGACAUUAUCAUCUGUACCACUCCUUCUACAGAACCGCUGUUCGACCACACAAUCUUGACGAAUACAGAAGGAAGAAUGCGAGCACGGCUGAUCAUUGCCAUUGGAUCUUACAAGCCUCAUAUGAUUGAGAUUCCACCCGAGGUAGUAACGCAAGCUAUCAAAGUCCAUGGGGCCGGUCACCAUUUCCACAAGCGCGCAGAAGAAGGUGGCGUAAUUGUAGUGGACACGCUGGAAUGCCUCAGGGAAGCAGGCGAGUUGGUUCAAGCAGGCGUGCGAUCCGAUCGAACGGUUGAGCUUGGAGAACUAGUCAUGCUCGACCAAAUGCACCCUCACGACGACGACUCGCCCAUUGAAGACAGCCCGCGCAGCUCCUUCCAAGACCUUACCAUAUCACUCGACGGUACCAGAAGCAUGUCCAAGAUCUUCGGUGACUCGAGUAUCGAAAGUCCCGGCUCGCCUCCGGCGAGAAGUUCCUCCAGAAAGUCCUCGUUCACGUUGAAUCGCAAACCCUCGUUCUCCCUGCGGCCGAGCAGGAGUAACAGCAUGUCCUCGCAAAGCGGCGACAGCAGCAGGAGAAAGCAAGAGCAGACUGAGAAAGAUGAUCAGAUGAGUAGGUGGUUGAGUAGCGGGAACGUUAUUUACAAGAGCGUGGGCAUGGGCUUGAUGGAUCUAGUGGUGGGAGGGGAGGUUGUGAAGCUUGCAAGGAAGAAGAACAUUGGGACGACCAUCCGGGAUUUCUGA